AUGUCAAUCAACACACACACCGCCACCCACGCCAGCUACGCCAUAGCCGCAAUGGAAGCCGGAGCACACGUGUUCGUCGAAAUGCCCCUAGCAGCAACAGUGACAGACGCACAGCGCGUCGUGGAAACAGCACAACUUACAAAACGCAAGCUCGUUGUCGGCUACAUCCUCCGACACCAUCUCAACUGGAUGGACUUCAUUGUCCAGGCUCGAGAACUCGGUCCACCCUUCGUAAUGCGAAUCAACCAGAACCAGCGCUCCACCGGCAAGGCCUGGGAGAUUCAUAAGCGUAUACUACAGGACGUGAAGAAUCCCGUCAUUGACUGCGGCGUGCACUACAUCGAUGUCAUGUUGCAAAUUCCCGAUAAUGCUAUCCGGCAGGAUCGAGCCCUCACGAAGAAUAUGACAGACGCUGUUCGAUCGCUUACUAUUGUCCUUGCGGCGGAUCGGUCCAUGCGUGAGAAUCGUGCAAUUGACCUGUGA